AUGCCUCCCAAAAAACGCGGAGGCGCAGCUAGCUCCUCCGCACCGGCAGCACCCAAGCGCGGACGCGCAUCCAAGCUCGCCAAGGAGAACAACAUCACGGCCGAAGAAGAAAACGAAAUAAAAGAAGUAUUCCAGCUAUUCUCUGACAAGAAUGCAGACUUCCCGGAGGAGAAGGAGGGAGUCAUUCCCCGGGAAGACCGCUCUUGGCCUCCCCCCACCGACUCAACCGAACUCGCAGAAAUCCUCUCCGCACUGGAUCCAACUCUAAGCGGAUACGUGCCCUACAGCCCCUUCGUUUCAAUAGCAGCAGCCAAGCUACGCUCGCGCGAUGAUGACGCCAUGGCUGCCGAGGUGGACGAUGCGUACCAGCUAUUCACGCGCGGCACGGAUGGCCCUAUUACACUGUCGCAUCUGCGGCGCAUUGCGCGCGAAUUGAAGGAGGAUAGUGUGGGCGAUGACCUGCUCAAGGAUAUGAUCCUUGAAGGGAAUGGAGGUGCUGGGUUGAGUGCUGGUGUUACUUUGGAGCAGUUUCAUGAUGUCAUGACAAGAGCUGGUGUGUUUUAG